CUUCCACCACUGCCCCCGGCGCAGGGUGCGUGAGGCGGGGCCGGGCUGGGCUGGGCUGGAUGGCUGUGGCGGCGCGUCCCGGCCAGUGAGGCGGAGGGAGCGUCGGGCGACCUGAGGUGGGUGACAGGCCCAGCAGAGUCGAGGGGGCGGCGGGAGCAACGGCCACGGGGAAUACCAUCUUCUUUUAUCAACAAGACUGGUAUGGGUAAUGGUGUGAAAGAAGCUUCUGUGGGUAUAAAAGAGAAGGAUGUGAAGACCAUUCUACCGGUUACUGGUGGGGAUGAUAAAAAAAAAGUUCUCAAUUCUCUAUUAUCCGGGGCAUUGGCAGGAGCUCUUGCUAAAACUGCAGUAGCUCCCUUGGACAGAACCAAAAUCAUCUUUCAAGUGUCUUCAAAAAGAUUUUCUGCCAAGGAAGCCUUUAAGCUCAUCUACUUCACCUACCUCAAUGAAGGUUUCUUCAGCUUGUGGAGAGGCAACUCUGCCACCAUGGUCCGGGUGAUCCCCUAUGCUGCCAUCCAGUUUAGUGCCCAUGAGGAGUACAAAUUGAUCCUGGGCCGUUACUAUGGCUUCGAGGGAGAAGCUUUGCCCCCUUGGCCAAGACUUGUUGCCGGUGCACUGGCUGGUAUGACGGCUGCUUCCGUAACCUACCCACUGGAUUUGGUGAGAGCCCGGAUGGCUGUCACACAUAAGGAAAUGUACAGUAAUAUCUUUCAUGUCUUCAUUCGGAUGUCUCGUGAAGAAGGUCUAAAAUCUUUGUACAGGGGCUUUAUGCCAACAAUUCUUGGAGUCAUUCCUUAUGCUGGGCUGAGUUUCUUCACCUAUGAAACACUAAAGAAAUUUCACCAUGAACACAGUGGACGAUCACAGCCAUAUCCUGUUGAGCGAAUGAUUUUUGGUGCAUGUGCCGGUCUCAUUGGCCAGUCAGCCUCCUACCCCCUAGAUGUGGUACGGCGACGGAUGCAGACAGCAGGAGUAAAGGGGCAGACUUAUGAUAGCAUCUUAUGUACUUUGCAAGACAUUGUCAGGGAAGAGGGAGUCAUCCAAGGGUUAUAUAAGGGAUUGAGCAUGAACUGGCUUAAAGGCCCAAUAGCAGUGGGAAUCAGUUUUACCACUUUUGACCUAAUGCAGAUUCUUCUUCGUAAAUUAGAUGACAGAAGUUGUAAUCGGAGUUAAUGUUCUAAUGCUCACUUACCCAAAAUACUUACUGAAGCACAUGUGUAUAUGUAGAAAAUGCUAGUGCUAUCCCCUACAUUAUUGUGAAAUGUGAUUUGAAAUUUUACUUUAUUU